AUGAGCUACUGCUUCUAUUUACCGUUUCUCUCUGGCGCGUUGUCACCGCGGACUCUUUUUGUGGGUACACCGUCCGCGUCGUUCCUGCUGCGCAAGGUUCCCUCGUUCCUCGACGAGGUAAUCACCCCGGCCUACAGCCUCUUGGCGAACCAGCUGUCCAAGAUCGGGCACGGAGUGAUCGACCACUCGAGCGUGAGAAACUACGACGACUUCAACGAGAUAUUCUGGCAGGAGGAGUGCCUCAAGCUCACCGUCGCCACCAUGUUCAAGGGAAAGACUCUCGAGAAAAAGUUCCAGAAGACUUUCGUAGAGCGACAGAGCUGGCUGGUGCCCAUCUUUCACUUCUGGAGGGUGUACGCGCUUCACAUCAUGGGGUUGCACCUGAUGAUCGUGGGCGCCAAGUGCGAGCAAGACUUGGGGGAGUGCAACUAUGCCCAGUGGGCGUCGACCGUGAUCACCCUCUACGCGUGCUCGUUCGUCAGGGACGUGUGGGACAUCAAGCAGGCGGCGUUCGUCUUCGGAGGUCACCGGGGACCCUUUGGGCAGCUCCUCCUCAACAUCGUGCGCGGCGGGCUUAAGGCGGUCAUCACUCUCCUCCUCGUGGUGAUGUACUGGUCCGACAGCGAGUUCUUCCCGUACACGGCCGCCGUAUUCUUCAUCAUCGCCGCUGCGUCAGAGGCGGUGAUGCUGACCGAGCUGUGGUGGGGCAUCGCCUCGUACGGCAAGUGGGGCACUUCCACGAAGCGCAGCUGCGCCGGCGGCGGCUUCGCGGCCUGCCUGCCCUCUCGCCUGCGGCAACUGGGAUGGUCGUUCAUCGGGAGCAUGAGCGGAAUCAACUCGGUCAACCUCUACACCCAGGUGCAUUCUCUUCCUCCGAUAACGAAGAGGGUGGCCUACAUCCUCUUCUGGGUUAUCGUCCUCACUACCAAGAUCCUGUUCAGCUACUUCGUGGUGAUCAAGAAGAUGACUCUGGCGACCUACACCCUCAACGAGGCUGAUCCCACGGACUACGACUUCGGCGUCCUCGGCACUCUCGAAGACACCGGCAAUUACCUCUACAUCGUCGCACUGUGGCUUGGUAGCGGCCUCAUCUACUUCCUCGACAUGCAGAUAUGGUUCGUGGUGUGGGCUAACAUUGCGGCUGCUUGCGAGGGCGUGAGGCGGAGAGUAGGCGAGCUCCACUCUGGUUCGCAAGUGGUGCGCGCUUUCAGCCAUCUUCACAAGGAGUUCUUCAAACGCCGCUCGCCGCCUCACCAAACAAACGCCCCCAGCUACUUGAAGCGCGAGAUGCAGAGCACGACGAUGCACACGCGGUUCGCCCACGUGUGGAACGAGAUUGUCGACGCCAUGCGCGAGGAGGACAUCCUGUCCAACAGGGAGCGGCUGCAGCUGCGCUACUUCCUGAUCAACCUCCGACUGCCCACCGCCGAUCCCAACGCGCGCAACGCCAACUUCGCCCCGGAGGCUCAGGAGGGGGAGUGGGGACCCCUGUUCACGCUAUUGCCGGAGUUCCUCAUGUCGGGAGCGGUACAGCGCGCGGUACAGUCUGCUUCGGAUUUCGGGAAGCAGAUCGCAGACGACGUUGCGGAGAUCAAGCGCGAGGAGAGCCUGGCCAUGCACCAGUCUCGCAACAACGUGGCCAGGGCCUCGGGGGUCUCCGUGAACGACCGGGAGGCCAACGCCAGCAAGCUGCGCGCCAAGCUUGCUUACCACCAGGCGAAGUUCCUCCUCUCCAACGGGAACGACCAGGUGUCGUCGGAGAUGGUGCGGCAGCUGUCUGCCACCGCUUUCAUCCUCAUGGACGCGCUGUGCAGGAACGACGACUUGUCUCGCUCGCUCUGGAACCUUCACCGGGCUCUGUUUGCCAGCGAUGUUGGCCAGGGUGGGAAGGGCAUCGGAAAGUCGGAGGGCUGGAUCGCGGCGCUGACGAACUUCAGCGACAACAAGGACAAGCCGGCCGUGAAGGUGGUGGCUUCCUUCAGCAAGAGGCACCUUCUCUUCUCCGUUCAGAACUUCCCCGGCUUCGUGUCCGCCAUGAUCGAGCUGGUCAAGGCCCUGAACAAGCACGUCACCACCCCCAACUGGAACAAGGACGUCGCCGCCAAGCUGGACAAGAUGGUUGAGGCGCUGUUGGCUCUGCUGGAGACGAAGACCGACUCCAUUCCCGAUAGCAAGGCGGCGAACGCCUUCCUCAAGCUUCUCCAGGUGGGUGUGCAGGGGCAGGAGAACGUUCGGCUCAACCUGGACGCAUGGAGGUCGUCCUUCAGCGAGGCCGGGGGCGCGGCGCCGGGAGCUCGGCCGUUCAAGUCGACGGCGAAGGAGUUCCUCCGUCGUACACAGGUGUUCCUGGAGGCACCCGGCAACUCGCAGCCCGGACUGAUCAAAGGUGCGGAGGCCCGACGGCGGAUCACCUUCUUCGUGAACUCGCUGUUCGUGGAACAGCCUAAGAAGAGGAGGAUUCUGGAGAUGCCCUCGCUGACCACGCUGACGCCCUACUACAACGAGGACGUGGUGCUGUCGAUGGAGAGCCUUCGAGAAGAGACCCAGGACGGUGUUACCGUACUCGAGUCCAUCUACCCGGACGAGUUCGACAACUUCGUGGAGAGGAUGCGAGUGAUGAGCACGAGCAAGAGCAAGAAGUACCUCUUCGACCUGGACGUGAUCGACCCCAUGCUCGACGUCGUGCUGAACACGGAUCUUGGCGCGGACCUUUCCCGAGAUAGCGUGUUGAAGAGGGUGGAGAGAGCCAUCAUGACGGCCGUGCAGAAGAAGCGGAAGAUCGACGGUCUCGACCCGGUGGACCCUAAGGAGGUGGAGGAGGCCGCCAAGGCCGUGGACGUGGACCACAUGAUGCUCCAGCUGCAGAUGUGGGCGAGCAACCGGGGGCAGACCCUCUCGCGGACGAUCCGCGGGAUCAUGUACUACAGCCAGGCAGUCCGCCUGCUUGCGGUGGUGGAGAACAUUUCGGAGUUUCAGCCCCAGGAGACCGGGUACAUGUUCGGAAGUAGCGACCGCCCGCUCAACGACGAGGAAGCGGACGAGUUCCAGGGCCACGACAUUGGUGACGCCGUGAACGCGAUCCUCAAGCCGAAGCGACCCCGCCGCACCGAGAACGGUGACGGCGGCGGCGGCGGCGGUGGCGGCGGCGGUGGCGACGACGCGGCCUGGCACCGCAGGUUCUGGCAGAGGCCCGCCUCCGGCACUCCUAUCAACGCCCCCGCCGUCGCCCAGCAGGCCGGCGGCGGUGACGUCCGCCACAUCCGCAGCCAGACCUCGUUUCGGCACUUCUUCAACCGCAACAAGAAGUCCGACCUCGAGGCCAACCUGGACGAAGACCUGCAGGAGCUAGAAGACGGCGGCUCACCCGUUGUCCACAGGAGGUCGGCGACUACGGCGGCGGGCAACAACAACCAGAGGGCGGGCACCCAAAGGACGGCCCAGCGCAAGGGCCGUUCCCCAGUCCGGCCAACGGGGAUCGCCGCGGGAUCGGCCGAGGCCGGCGUCGUAGAUCCCGAUGCGAAGGGCGGCAAGCUCAAGGCAGCGGUGAAGAGGGCAUUGGCGGCGAGCAGGAUGGAGAAGGAGGCGGCCGCGAGGCGCGGGCGGCAAAAAAGGCGGGAGGAGCAGGAGCUGGGAGACUUCAAGGGUUUCAUCCAGGUGAAGGACCCGGCGCUGGACAAGUCGUGCGUGGAGUACGGGCUGACGGCGGAUCUCGCGGAGACCAAGUACAGGUGGGAGGGCGGCGGUUGGCGUCGCGUGGCACCGACGCUGUAAACAAGCCACCAGACCCUAGACAUGAAAUAACUGAACUAUUAUAAAUAACCAAUUUUUAUUUUCCCAUACCAUGACACAAACCCGCCAAGCCAGACAUGAAAGAGCUGAACGAACCGACCUUUUAUUUUCCCAUACCGUAGCAUAAACCUGACAAGCCAGACAUGGAAAAACUGAACUAACCGACCUUUUAUUUUUCCCAUACCGUAACACAAACCCGCCAAGCCAGACAUGAAAGAGCUGAACUAACCGGCCUUUUAUUUUCCCAUACUGUAACAUAAACCUGACAAGCUAGACAUGGAAAAACUGAACUAACGGACUUUUUAUUCCCAUACCGUAACACAAACCUGCCAAGCCAGACAUGAAAGAGCUGAACUAACCGACCUUUUAUUUUCCCAUAAAGUAACACAAACAUGACAAGCCAGAUAUGAAAUAACUGAAUUCAACGAAAUACAUUUCCAGACGCUUACCAUUUUUUUUUUUUCACAGUUGAAAACGCAAAAGUAAGCAAGAGUAGAAGGUUAUUGGCCACCUUACACACCAACACGAAAACGGAAACGAAGCAUAAAUAUAGACACAGCAAUCCUUUUGGUCAACUGUGCGAUGCACAUGAAGGUUGGGGACUCGUGGUGAGAUAACUGUAAAACAUUACCGGUUCCCAUGGGGCGGUGGGAAUCUGGUCAGACACUAUCCUGAAUUCUCCGCAAGGAGAGGGGUGGAUAAUGCAAGACAAAAUGUCAGACCUAACAUACUCAAGAACCUUGCUUUCCAAUGACCGACCAAAUGACCCAAAAGAGAAGGAGCACCAAGCGGUACAUAGAUAUCUUGAAGCUUGAAGGAUAGACGCCGGUACAAAGUGUGGGGGGAUUGUUGGUCAAGCUUUCGGCAGCGAAGGUCUACUCGGGAGCGUUAGUGGGGUAGCUACCCAUGGUGUACCGUACAAACGUUGAUGACCGUAACUCAUUUAUCA